AGAAAGAGCUUACGGCAUAACCUGAGUCCCACGGCCACCCAACCCCACUCACCCCAAAUUCAAGCCCAGAGACUGACCAGUCCCCAGGACCCACGUGUGCCCAGCAGCUCGCGGGAAGCUGGGGUUACCCUGGCCAGAUGCCGGGGGCUCGUCCAGCUCCAGGCCACCCCUGAUCCCGCCUGUGGCUGCCCAGGAGAGAGGUCGCUGGAGGACCCGCCGCGUCCAGGCUGGGCCUGGCACAGUGGCGCCUGCCGUGGCUGCCCUGUGCUCCUGCGUCUCCAUCUGCUGGGUCAGGGCACGGCCGGGGCAACCUGCCGGUGCCCUGUAAUCCGGAUCCACGGUCCAGCCCUGGCAACCACACUUGCCCCCAAGGGCCUGAGCCGCUGGACCUCCAAGCAGGGCCAGAGACAGGCGUGAGCAGCACCCGAGCCCGAGGCCCAGGCCCCGUCAGCCCUGCGGGGGCGGGUGGAGAGGUGGCGCGGCCCGACCUCAGUGCCCGCGGGUGGCGGAGGAGGAGGUGCUAGAGCUCGUGGAGUCUGGGGGACUCGGCAGGACUCAGACUGGGCUGCGCUGUCCCCGCCACGGGGAUCUCGAGAGACCAGCCUCUGCACAGAAGUUCCUGGGUGAUGGGGUGGGGAACACCCACUGACAAGCCAAGUCCUGGAAGGACCCCAAUGCUGUCACUUCCUGAGGGUGGGGUGGGGGCUGAGACAGCUGCUCUAGGAGGUGAAGCUCUGAGACAGUGGGGAGGAAGAUAUUUGGAUCAGAAAGAUGGAACAGGACCCAGGUGAUGGGGCAGGAACCCAGGUGAUGGGGCAGGACCACAGAUGAUGGAUUAAGACUACAGAUGAAUGAAUAGGGCCACAGAUGAUGGAGCAGGGACACAGGUGAUGGAGCAGGGCCACAGGUGAUGGAGCAGGGCCACAGAUGAUGGAGCAGGGCCACAGGUGAUGGAGCAGGGACACAGGUGAUGGAGCAGGGCCACAGGUGAUGGAGCAGGGCCACAGAUGAUGGAGCAGGACCAUAGAUGAUGGAGCAGGGCCACAGGUGAUGGAGCAGGACCAUAGAUGAUGGAUUAAGACUACAGAUGAAUUAAUAGGGCCACAGGUGAUGGAGCAGGGCCACAGAUGAUGGAGCAGGACCACAGGUGACGGAGCAGGGCCACAGAUGAUGGAGCAGGACCAUAGAUGACAGAGCAGGGCCACAGGUGAUGGAGCAGGGCCACAGGUGAUGGAGCAGGGCCACAGAUGAUGGAGCAGGACCAUAGAUGACGGAGCAGGGCCACAGGUGAUGGAGCAGGACCAUAGAUGUUGGAGCGGGACCACAAACAGAGAGAGAAGGAUCUCAGGUGACGGAGCAGGACCUCAGAUCACGGAACAGGACCAGAAAUGAUGGAGCAGGACCACAUACAGAUGGGAUGGGUCCCCGACAGGUGCUGCAGCUGCGCCUGUGUUGGGGAGACAGGCCCAGGUGGGCUGGCUGCUUGCCAGGGCUCAGGUGGGGGCUGUGCUGUAGCUUGGCGAGCCCGACUCCCCGUGAGAAAGGGCUUUGGGGAAGAUGCGAGUGUUGGCGACUCAGACCCUGGAGGGUGCGCACAGACACGCAGUGUCCUCAGGACCCUCAGAGGGCGGGACGCAGGGAAGAAGGACCCCGUUUGGACAGAUGGGAUGGAUGUCCCACCAAACCCUGGGUUUGGGGCCUUGAACACACCUGGGGAGCAGCCGAGAGGGGCGAGAGCCGCAGCCCAGCCCCCACCUCACGGGGUUGGUGGUGCCAGGACCGGUGUCUUCACUGGACGCGGCGUCUGAGGAAGGCACGAGGAAGCUGCUCUGUGGUGGCUCCUGUCGCGGGGCCUGGGGUGUCCUUGGCCAGGAUCCCCCUGCCCCGGGCAGUGGCGCUCAGGAGGGAGGUCCUGGGGCCCCCGCCGCCGUCUGCAGCCGCGAGCUUGAAUGCCAGCCUGGGCCAGCCCGGCACCUCCACUUGCACCCGCCCGCGGAUUCCCUCUGUGGACGGGGGUCACAGCUUCCACACGGGCCCCGAGGGCUUCUGUGGGCGUCUCUGCACAGACCCCCACCGCGACUCCUGGCAGGGAGUCCAGCCAGCACUCACCUUUACGGAGACCCACAGCCUGGCGCGGGCUGCCCCAGGACACAGCGCAGGAGUGACCAGCACCUGGACAGAGGCCGAGUCCCACCGGAACCAGCGUGCCUUGUGUCCGAGCCCCAGACACCACCCUGGGCUCUGGCUCUGAGGGCCCUGACCGCAGGGCUGGCCGGACAUUUCCUCAGGCGCCCCAUGGACCCGGGCCAGUGUGCCCUGCCGGGGACCGCCCUGCGGCCAGCGGACUCAGGCGUGGAAGCCCUCCCGUGGCCCGGCUCAGGACCCCUCGUGCCCAUGGGGCAUCCCCCACGGUGGGAACCAGGAACUCCAGUCACACCCCCAAAGACCUGUUCGCACUUCCUGUUCCUGCGGGUCCCCCCACCAGCCGAGCCCCGACAGCAUCCCUGCCCUGUCCCUCCCUCCCCCUCCCCAGGGCUUCCCCACCUCUGCCUCUCUCCUCCCCCUCCUCCUCCCCUCUCCUCCCCGUUUCCCUCUCCCCUCUCCCCUGUCCGCUCCCCCCUCCUCUCCCCUGCCCUCUCCCUUCCCUCUUCCCUCCCCUCCCCCUUUCCUCUCCCCUGCCCUCUCCCCUGCCCUGCCCCUCACUGUGGCUGCCUAGUAUUGCCCUAGGCCUAUUCUGCCCCCCUCCACCCCACCCCUGCCGAGGGCCACCCCUGCUGCUCCCCCUGCUCCCUCUGCUCCCUCCCCGGGGCACUUCUCUCUGUCCUGGUGGGAGGGUCUUGGUGACUUUGGAUCCAGCCCCUGCGAGGUCCCACCCUUUGCUUGGGGACUGAGGUCCCUGUGUGUCAGGUCCCAAGACGGAGCCACGAAGGGCCUGACGCUGAGCGGGUUGCUGAGAGUACUGACAGCCAGAGGCUCUGCCGGGUCCCCCUGCGAACCCAGCGCCUGUUCCUCUCGGGACCCGAGUCAUCACCCUGGGAUGGAGCCGCUGGCGGAGGCUCAGACCGAGACCUUCAGCUACGUGGUCCGGGCGCCCGGCGCGGACGGGGCCGACAUCAUGGACGUGAAGGUGAAGAUCGACACGCGCUGGGUCCUCCAGGAGGGCGAGGAGGGCGAGGAAGGGCUGCCCGAGGACACGCCCAGGGGGCCACCGUCCGACCUGCAGAGCAGGGUCCGGGAGCUGGAGCGGUCGGAGGCGAGGCUGCUGCGGCGGGUGGAGCGGUUGCGCGCCCGCCUGGCCCAGGAGAGAAGCCACGCCCUGCGCGCCCAGGAGCAGCUGCGCGCCCUGCGGGGGGCCCUCGCCCGCCAGGUGCAGGAGCAGGAGCGCGCGGUGCAGCAGCGGCGGCGGCUGCGGGAGCUGGUGCGGCGCCAGGACGCGGCGCUGGGGCAGCAGGCGGCGGCCCUGGAGCGUGGCGCGCGGACGCAGCGUCACCAGCUGGGCCUGGCGCGCCGGCAGGAGCGCGCGCUGCGGGCGCAGGUGCAGCGGCUGCAGGGCGACGUGCGGCGCCUGUGCCGGGCCGCGGGCCUCCUGCUGGCCGAGUUGGACGCCCCGGGGCCCCUGGCGCCCACUCGCCACGGCCCGGGACGGCCCGCGCACCCCCGGAGCGCCUCUCCCGAGGCGAGGGCCGGGCCCGGGGCGCGCCGGCUGCGGGAGCGGGAAGGACGCGCCCGCGGGCAGCUCUGCGGGCAGCUGGAAGGGCUGCAGCUGUCGGACAUCCGCCCGUCGGGCCGCGCGCCGCUGCCCCCCAGUCUGCAGGACGAACGCAGCGCGGCCCCCGAGGGCCACGGCCACAGGGAGGAGGAACUCCCCACGUCUGCAGGACUCUGCUCCGAGGGUGCCCCGCGACCCAGGGCCACAGGCCAGCUUUCGGGGGACCCCUGCCCCUCCGGCCACACUGGGGCUGAACUCCCGGGGUGCCUGGCCUGUACACAGGGAAUGAGCACUGGGGCCCCAGGGCUGGACGGUGAGGCCGCAGCUGCGUUAUCCUCGGAGCCGGACCCCCAGGGCCGCGAGAGCCACAGGAGCCUCCAGCUGGCAGAAGGGGCAUCCGCCUGGGCCCCCCGCUGGGCCUCACCCCCAGCACCCGCCAGCUCCUCAUGCCCAGCCCAGGACCCCGCCGAUGGGUUUGCAGAGCUGGAAGCCUGCUUCCGGCAGCUGUGGGAGCAGGGGCGAGGGGAGGGAGCCAGUCCGGGAGGGGCUUCCUCAGCGUGCCCGGGCGCUGCCCCCGGACAGCUCGGCCGCCAGGACUGCACGUGGCUGGCCCAGGCCCGUGGAGGAAGCCUCCGGUGGAGGAGCCCGGGGGUCCAGCAGGGCGAGACAGAGGCCCUGGGAACCGGCCAAGUGCUUCCAGGGGGCUUCUGUGAGCUGGGCCUGAGCGGGCUGUCCCCGCCGCCCACCGCCCCGGAGAGGCUCAGGACACGAUUCCACGAGCUCAUUUCUGCGCUGAAGACGGAGCAGCGCGACCUCUGGCAGGAGAACGCGCAGCUUCGGAGGGACGGAGAGAGAAGCCUCCAGAAGCUGCGCGCCCUGGAGCAGGAGAGGGAGGGAGCCGCGGCCGCCACGGGCGCGCUGGGCAGCUGUAGGCGGGAGCUGGCCCAGGCCCUGCAGGCCGUGUCCGACCUGGAGGACUGCAGCCAGCGCAGCUACCGCAGGAUCACGCAGCUGGAGGCGGCGGGCGAGCGGCUGCGCCGGGCAGUGUCGGAGCGAGCGGGCGCGUGCCGGGGGGCCGUGGCGCGGCUCCGCCGGGGACAGCGGGAGCUGCGGGCGCUGGUUUCCCAGCUGGGGGCGAGUCACCAGGAGCUGAUGCGGGACCUCGCGGCGGGAAUAGAAGGCGCGAUCGGGGCCUUCCCGGAGCGGCACGCGCGCCCGCGGCGCAGAGACCCGGAGAGGGGCGCGCGGGCCGAGGGAACGCACUGGCCGCACCCCUGCGGGAGGAGCCGGACGAGACUGGGCGCGGUGGGCGUGGCUGCAGGAGCGCACGGGCUCCUGGUGGAGGACCGAGUGGACGGGCCCCGAGGGCGACUGAGCCCGGCCCCAAGCAUGGAGAGUUCCGGGGGCGCAGCCCAGGUCUCCGAGGGGCUCGGCGCGCCUUGGCAGGCGGAGAAGGACCCAGCAAGCGGCGCUGCAGACCCGGGACUCCGGCGGUGGGUCCCCGAGGCCACCAGUUCCCCGGAGCAGGAGCUCAGGCUGUGUGUCCGGCGGCUGCAGCUCCAGGUGGGGACACUGAGGUGCCAGCUCCGAGACCAGGGCACCGCCCUCGAGGCCAGCCGCCAGCUGCGGGCCCAGCUCCAGGGACAGCUGGGGGAGCUCCAGGAAAAGCACCGUGAGGCCAGCCUGGCCGUGGCGCCGUUGAAGGCCAAGCUGGCGUCUCUGGUGCGGAAGUGCCAGGAGAGGAACCGCCUGCUCUCAGCGCUGCUGCGGGAGCUGCACAGACAUGCGCCUGCGGGCGGCCGGCUGGAGGCGUCCGUGCAGAGCAUGCUGAGGGACGCGGCCCUGGCCCAGUACGCUGCUGCCUUCCGGGGGCCCCGCGAGACACGCUCCGAGCUGGACGCCGGGGCCAAGGAGGAGGACGAGGACGAGGACGAGGAGGAGGAGCAGGACGAGGCCGAGGAGGACGGGGAGCAGGAGCGGGUGGCCGCCUGCCUGAGUGCUCAGACACAGUGGGUGGACGCCAAGACACACGUGGACGUCCAGCGGCCUGCAGGGUCCUGGCCAGCUCCCAAGGCUGCAGGGCCCGUGGGACCGGGUGCCCCGCAGUGGGCACUGGGCCCGGCUGCUGUGGCGGUCACCGUGGGACCUGGGACCCCCACGCCACAGCUGGCAGGAAGCGGCGACGUGACGAGCCCUGCUGUCCCCGGAGCCCCCCCGGCCCCACCCCUCCUGGAGCUCCGGAGCCCCGCGCGCAUCCUGGCGUUCCACCGGGACCUGAGGCUCAGCCUCGGCCGCGUGCCCGCGCUCCCCCUGUCUCCGCCGGCUCUCGGGGGCCCUGCCCAGACCCAUCGAUAUCUGAAGCCUCAGCUUCCGAGAGCACUUGACGGAAUCGGUGGCAAUCAGAGCUGUCCGUCUGCGGCCAGCGGUCUCGUCGCCGCGGGUCUGUCGGAGCCGGAGUGAAAAAUGUGUCUUGGAAAUAUGGAUCGCGUGGCUUUGGCAAGUGUCCAAACCCAGGAGAGACUAGCCUGCGUUUCCCUCCCCCACGGCCAGACCUGACCAAGUCGGGGGGCCGGGGGGUCCUGACUGGGAAGAAGCUGAUGAAGGCGUCUCGUGGGCGGGGCCAGGGGCCAGCGAUUGCGGUGCCCGGACAGUCCCAGAACCAAGUCACCAUCCUCUUCCCCUGCUACCUCACUGGCCCCCAGAUGGCCCAGGACCUCACGCCGAGUAAUACUCCUGCAACCCCCGGUGCCUCUCCGUGUUUCAAGAUCUUCGUCUGCAGGUGGACACGCCUGAUGUGUUUCUGUCUGUGUCCUGCCCUCUGAGACAUUCAAGCCCGUGGGAGCUUUCUCGUGGGUUCAGUCCUUCUAGCCACCUUGGUCAUGUCCCCCUCGGCAGCGGGCGGCAGUGAGAGGGUGAAGGAGAGGAGGGGGUGCUAGUCCUGCCCCUGGGCCCCGGAGAGGCCUCCUCCAGCCUCCGGGCACUGAUGGGACCCCAGACGAGGACGGAAGCCGGAACCCUGUGACAGCUCUGGAGCCAGCAAUGCUGCAGCCUGGCCCAGUGGCCCUGCGGCCCCCAGCCCUGCAGAUGGGACCCCGUCUGGACCAGCUCGGGGAGGAGCUGACUCAGGUCACGGAGCACGGGGAGUGACCCUGUCUGGAGGACAGCCAGAUGGGCCGGCCAGCCGCCUCGGCAAAGAGCAAUCCAUCAACCCGGCUGUCAGCGCCAAGAAUGGUGACCUUCCCGGGGGACGCGACGCCUCGAGAAACCCAGAGGAAGGAAGGAUGACCACGAAGCCAGCAUCUGAGCCCAACGCGCCUCCGUCCCUGUGCACACGGACCUUCGUUCCUCGUGUCCAGCUGCCAUCCUUGCUCGCUCGGAACUCUGAGUCACCGGGGACACGCCCCUUCCUGGAUGCUGGCCCCUUCCUGGAUGCUGGCUGGGCUUGCCAAGACGUGGGGGUCAGAGUGGGAGGAGGGGGUGCAGCCCCCGGCCCUCCCCUCAGUGCCUUCUCCCACCCCAGCAGGAAGCGGCUCUGUGAGCUCUGGUUCUGUCCACCCCUCCAGCCCCGCCCGGGCACCCACAGGCGUCACGCUCACUUCCUUCCACGGUGGACAGCAUGGGCAUCCCGGUGGACGAUGGGUCUGGCACAGCUGCUGUGGGCAUCCUGCAGAGCCGGGCCCUGAGGCCCACACGCCCUGGCCAGGGAGGAUGGUCAGCGCCGGCGGCUUCAGGCCCUGCCUCUGGUGUCUGCUGAUUCCCGGCCCCUUCGGGUGCCCGGGGCCUCGGAUUCCCGCUCACUCCCGCCAGCCGCAGCCCUGAAGGGCCGGUGGGGGUUUUGAGUCAGCUCUGAGCUUACAGCCUCAGCUCCCAGGGCCUGAGUCUCCCCUGGGGCGGGGCGGGGGUGGGGUGGCUCCAGGAGGCAGUGGUGGAAGCACAGCUGACCUGGCCUUGGAGGCUGGGGGUUCUACCCCGCUGCACCCACCUCACCUGAGGAGGAGCCAGGGGAGGGGGCCGCUGACUCCCGGGCCCCACUGUGGCCCCCUGGUCUGGCGCUCACUCCUGCCUCUGCCCAGUGGGGCUGGGGGCCGGCUGGCCUCCGGCUGCAGACCCCACACUGCUGGGUGGGGGCACCCUGGCCUCGGCAGGGAGAAGCGAAGGGGCAGCCCCACCGGUGUCCCCCCGCUGGUGUCCCUCCUCACAGGAAGGAGAACCCCACUUCCUGCCAGGGCGCUGCCGGCUCUCGUGUUUGGGCGGGAAGGGGGUCGCGCCGUCACUGAGGAGCACAUCUCAGGCCUCGGCAGGCCCCCGAGCACAGAGCCACCAGAGCCUGUCGCCUGGCAGUGACUUUUGUGUCUGUCCAUCUGUCUGUCUGUGCUUCCCAGCUGGCUUUAGAGGUGGAGGUGGGCCUGGCUUCAUGGCUGGAGGUGGGCUUCUUGGGGCCUCGGCUCCUCCCGGGCCCGUGGCCACGUGUGGCUCCCCGAGCCUCUGGCCUUCCCUGGGCCCCAGCCGAGCCCGCGAGGCGGCUCAGGUCCCCAGGGCUUCUCAGUGCAGCACAUCUGGGCGUUGAGGAAACGGGAGCACGGCCAGCAGAGCCCCCGGCUCAGGCCUAACCCUCGCGCUCCGGUGGGAGGGGCAGGAGGGGACCCCGGUGUGGGAGAGGUUAGGGGGCUUCACCCCUCACCCCGAGAGAGGGUCACUGCCCUGCCGUGCAUCGGGGGGCUGUGCGGGCCCGUGCUGGGUGCCGUUCUGCACAGGGCGGCAGCAGUGAGGGGAGGGCGCGUCGCCCCUCAGAUGGUUGGGCUGCGCAUUCUUAGAUUACGAUUAGCAACAGCCCCCGGGCUGCCAUGGCAACACUCCCCCCACCGGCUGAGGCAGCGUUCUUAAAAUAGGCUGCCGGGCUGCAGCCGCAGUGCCUCAGAGGCAGGGCAUCCCGGGCGCUGUGGUCUGGGGCGAUGGGGCCACGCCUCGUCCUCGCAGGGCAGCUCCUGGGUGCAGAGAACUGGGGACAAACACCGGCGGACUUGGGGUUGGAGCUGCCGUCCACGGACGGCCCUGUCCCGGGCCCUGCUACAGGCAAGGACUUGGAGGCUCAGAGAGGUUGGGUGUCAGGGCUGGUGCCACACAGCAUGGGGGCUGCAGGGGGCGCUGUUCCAGGAGCCCCUGCCCAUCAGGCGAGCCGGCCAAGCCUCUGAUCGGCAAGUCUGAGGCUGCUUUCGACUGGGCUCUGGGCCAUGGGCUUCCCUUAGCAACCUGCGGGAGAGCUGGGGAGUCUCCCAGCCCAGGUCUCCCGGGAAGCCUGAGUCCCUGGGAAUCUUGGAUGCCCACCUCGCUCUCAGCGCCCCCAGACAGCCAGGGCCAAACCUGCCUCUCCCCACCGUCCUCCCCAUCCCGGCUCCUGGGGGCCAGCGUGAAUGGUGGUUCUGAGGCCCGUCCCCCCGCCCCGCCCCCCGUGCCAGCCUGUGUUACUCAGCAGUUUGCUGCUCGACUCUGCUGGGGGGGGGGGGUGCAUCUCGCUCCCGCCGCUCCCAAGAGUCACGCGUCCUGCUUAAUUCCAGGGUGAAAUUCCAGGUUUGGAAAGUGGAGCUUUUAGAGGCCUCAGUCAGUCCCGGGAAUAGGGUGCGAGACGAUCUGACAGUUUAAAGAUGUGCCCCCCCCGGGGAUCGGGGAGGCGCCCAUCACGGGGAGGAGGUCCGAGGACACACCUCUGAGUCCUCUGCAUGCCAGGCUCGCUGUGGAGCUUCUGCAGAGCCCAGACACCCGCCCUGGGAGGAGCCCAGGCAGGUCUCGGGGAGACUCCCUUGAUGCUCUGCGGGCCAGAGCGGUGGACAGCAGGAGGGGGCUUGCCUUGCAUGCAGCGCAGUGUCCGGGCUUUGAUUCCUGGCUUCCCUAUGGCCCCCUGAGUCCAGCAGGAAUGACCCCUGAGCACAGAGCCAGGGUAAGCCCUGAGCAACGCACGGUGUGGCCCAGAGGAAGGAAGGACGGGAGGGAGGGAGGGAGAA